UCAAUGUGAAAAACGAGAAAGAGGUUAAUGUGAAAUAAUAAUAACAGAGUUUGUCUCUGAUAAUAAUACAUUUUCAAAUCAAAUUUCAAAUAAUGAAGCCAGAUUGGUAUACAUGUUGAUAUAUUUAAUUGUAAAGAAUUUUUUGUAUUUGAACGCAAUUAUCCUUUACGCUCAUGUCGAAAAUAGCAUGACGUGAAAUUUCAUAUCCCUUUCCCUAACUUACUCAAGUUUUUUUAUUACACACUAGGACUAGAUAAUUAUUCCCCGGCGUCUAACACUUUCAGUUUGAAGAGAUCUUUGAUUCAUUGUAAUCAAUGCCAAAUAGGCAACAUCAAAGGCAAAGCAUGUGUGAAAGGUUAAUAUCAUAUGGUAAUGGAAAUUUAUCAUUCGUGAAAAAAGUAUUUUGUUCAAUGUGAAAAAAAAUUUGUUGGAUGAAGCGUUGCUCAUAUUUUAGUUGUUCUGAACACAGUAAAUUCUAUUGGCAUAAUUAUUCCUGUACCUGAAGUCAUUUUUCUGAGAGAUGAAUGACGAAGAGCUGACUAGGCUAGCAGUGGCACAACUGAUCGCAGAGGCUGAAAAGUUCAAGAGGCGCCACGAGUUAAGAUAUAAGUUGGACGGUCCUUCUCGUUUAAGACCAAACUUGAGGUACUUCAACAAUACUAUAAAAAACUGCGUGUCCUCCAAUGAGAGAAAAGAUCAAAUUAGAAAAUCUAGAGCUGCUGCUGAGUUGAAAUGUUUGGAUAAUUCAGUCAAAAUAAUGAAGAAAGAUGAAAAUAUUGAAAAAACCAGUAACAAUGGACUACAAAGGAGGAACUAUUCUGCAGAGCAGGAAUAUGCAACAUCCACUUGCAAAGAAUAUGUCGCCAAUAGGAAAACUGACAAUAAUUCAAAGAAAGAAAGUAUGAAGAAAAUAAUCAAAAAUAAGAGCAUAGUGAAAAAGAAACUUGCUUCAUGAUCGUUGAUUUGGGGAAUGUCUUUUAACUAGCUGAGAUCUUUGUUCAUCGAAAGGAAAAUAUGAUUUGAAUGAGUUUGUAAGAACAUCAGAAGUGAGAUUUUUUGAUUUAGAUGAAAGUACUCUGAUUUAAAUGGUGAUAUAUUUUCAGUAAAUUUGACAAUUAUGAAAACAGAUAUAUCACAAAGAAUUUUGUAUUUCUAUUAUUGAAACACAUUUUGAAUAAUGUUCAAAAGCUGAACUUGUAUAAUGGAUGAGCAGUUUUUUUUUUUUUUUCAACAUAAGAUAAUGAAAUUAUUUUGAAUAAGAAA